AUGACCUUCCAAAAUGGCAGCAUACUGACAGAAUUCAUUCUCCUGGGACUCACAGAUCGCCCUGAACUCCAGCCUCUCCUCUUUGUGCUGUUUCUGGUUGUGUACAUGGUCACCCUCCUGGGAAACCUGGGCAUGAUUGUUUUAAUCAGACUGGACUCUCGCCUUCACACACCCAUGUACUUCUUCCUCACAGUUUUAGCCUUUGUAGAUGUUUGUUACACCACCAAUGCAACCCCACAGAUGUUGGUAAAUUUCUUAUCAGAGAAGAAAUCCAUCACCUUUGCUGGCUGUUUCACUCAGUGUUUCAUUUUCAUUGCCCUUCUCCUGACUGAAUAUUACUUGCUGGCAGCAAUGGCCUAUGACCGCUACGUGGCCAUAUGCAACCCUCUGCGCUACAGUGUGAAGAUGUCCAAGUCUGUUUGCAUCUGCCUGGCCACAUCUCCUUUUGUCUAUGGCUUCUCAGAUGGACUGUUUCAGGCCAUAUUGACCUUCCGCUUGAACUUCUGUAGAUCCAAUGUCAUCAAUCACUUCUACUGUGCUGAUCCACCCCUCAUCAAGCUGUCUUGCUCUGAUACUUAUGUCAAAGAACAUGCCAUGGAGAAGAUUCAUGACACAGUGACAGAAUUCAUUCUCCUGGGACUCACAGAUCUCCCAGAACUCCAGCCUCUCCUCUUUGUACUGUUUCUGAUUGUGUAUAUGGUCACUCUGCUGGGCAAUCUGGGCAUGAUUGUGUUAAUCAGACUGGACUCUCGCCUUCACACACCCAUGUACUUCUUCCUCACUAACUUAGCCUUUGUCGACAUGUGCUAUACUUCAAACGCAACCCCACAGAUGUUGGUAAAUUUCUUAUCAGAGAAGAAAUCCAUCACCUUUGCUGGAUGCUUCACCCAGUGUUACCUUUUCAUUGCCCUUCUCCUCACUGAGUUUUACUUGCUGUCAGCAAUGGCCUAUGACCGCUAUGUGGCCAUAUGCAACCCUCUGCGCUACAGUGCGAAGAUGUCUAGGCAUGUCUGCAUCUGCCUGGCCACAUUUCCUUUUGUCUAUGGCUUCUCAGAGGGGCUGUUUCAGGCCAUAUUGACCUUCCGCUUGAACUUCUGUAGAUCCAAUGUCAUCAAUCACUUCUACUGUGCUGACCCACCCCUCAUCAAGCUGUCUUGCUCUGAUACUUAUGUCAAAGAACAUGCCAUGCUCAUAUCUGCUAGCUUCAACCUCUCUAUCUCCCUCACCAUCAUCCUGGUGUCCUAUGCCUUCAUUAUUGCUGCCAUCCUCCGGAUCAAGUCAGCAGAGGGAAGGCGCAAGGCAUUCUCCACCUGUGGCUCCCACAUGAUGGCUGUUACCCUGUUUUAUGGGUCCCUCUUCUGCAUGUAUGUAAGACCCCCCACCGAUAAGACUGUGGAGGAAUCCAAAAUCAUAGCUAUCUUCUAUACCUUUGUCAGUCCCUUGCUCAACCCACUGAUUUAUAGUCUGAGGAAUAAAGAUGUAAAGCAGGCUUUGAGAAAUGUUCUUAAACGAAGUACCUUUGCCAAGGUGUCACUACCUCCAAUGCCCAAUAAAUGA